AUUUUUCUAGGUAACACAGCUAGCCAAAGAAGGAACAGGAAAAACGACUUUGGGAAUGGUGAUGGUGAAAAUGAUGUUGGAAUGAUUCAAGAGGCUGAUAUUGGUGGUGGCAUUAAGUGGCGUUGAAGGCUUGGGGGAAUUAGUGUCGAUAUACAGUGAUCUCUGUCAGAUGGGAAUACCACCAGCAGUCAUCAAUGCGGAUGAGCUUCAGGGAGAUCCCGAGGUUUUAUAUUUUCAUCGCUCAAAAAAUGGUUCAGUUGAGGACUUAAACAUUCUGGAGAUGGAUGCGGAAGACAAGCUAAAUACUGACCAGUGUUCUCCAUCAUCAGUUCAUGGUGAAGAAACUGUCUGUGUUCUUGUUCCUCACGCAGAUUACUGUCUCCCUGGCAAAACCAGAGCAACUGAGUUGCAAACAUUAUGGAAGAAAGAGGAGUCGAAGAAAACGUCCUCUGUGUUUUUUCUUUUGAUGGUCUUCAGAUUGCUUGGGAGCAUGAACAGUUUUCAAGACUCCGAGAAACUGCUGGCACUUUAUCCGAACUUUUCAACUCCACCUGAGUUACUCGAAAAACAAAUUGCCUUUGAGAUUGGCCAACAAGCUGGUGUUAGUACAUUAACAUUGCUCAAAACUGCGGUUCAGCAACAGCCAACAGAUGAUCCUUUUGAAUAUCACUCACUUCACUUGGUCCCUUGGAUCAGGAUCGAAGAAAUACCGCCUUCCUCUGCGAAGGUACACCUUCCAUCAUUUCUCGAAUUAGGCUUAGGGGAAUUAGUUUUGAUAUGUAGUAAUCUCUGUGAGAUGGGAACACCACCAGCAGUCUUCGAUGCGGAUCAGCUUCAGCUAGAUCCCGAGAUGGAGUAUGGGCACCAUGGUGGUAUAAGAGUAUGCACGAAUCAACAGGUUUCUCAUCUCCAAAGAAGUAUCCUCGAGGGAAAGAUAUUCAAGCUUGAGGAAAAUCUAGAUCGCAAAAUCUCUGGCUUUCGAAAUGUUCCAGCGUGUAAAGAGGUUAAAGAAGCAAUCUUCAGAUCUCUCAUAACCAAUGGUAUGUUUGACAAUACUCAUAUCAGGUUGUCUCUGUCUCGAGGUAAAAAGGUAACUUCUGGAAUGAGCCCCGCAUUUAAUCGAUCUGGAUGUACUCUUACGGUGCUUGCCGAAUGGAAGCCUCUGGUCUAUGACAAUGACAGUGGAAUUGUGCUGGUGACUGCAACCACGCGCCGAAACUCGCCAUUAUGCUUGAUGGAGGAUGGAGUCAAGGAGGAGGAAUUGGGAACGCUUGUGGUUGUUGUUACAUGUGAAAUAACCUUGAAGUUUUUCAUUGAUGAUGAUUUUGCUGAUGGAUAGAAUUAUUACUGCCAAGGGAGUGAUACUUGAUUUAUGCAUGUUUACUUAAUGUACACUCUGGAUUUGGCUCAUCUUUGUUUCUCGAGUAACCUUAAGAAGGGUCUUCUUAGUUCUUAGUUCAGUUUUGUAGAGUUACAUGAGGCCGUUUUGUCACUUUGCUUCAGCAAAUUUCUUUGUAAAAUUUGUGACUUCAUGAUUGUUUUCUGUUCUUCCCUUGAUCUCACUACUUGCGUAGAUAGUGUGAAAUGCACGUUAAAACAUUGCUGAUGGGUGAAGGUUUGUUUGUAAAAUAGCUUCAUUAACUCUUGGGAAUCUGCAUACUCUUAAGCUUGCAUAUUAUUUUUGCAUUUGCAGAGCAUCAAUAUUCUUACUGCAAUGAUUCAUGAGGAGUAGGCGUUGCUGAGUUGGAAGUACACACUUGGAUUCCUGUCAAGUUGUCAAAAACCUCAUCACAGAGUUUUCUUAGCUUGUUCUACUGUUUGAUCCUUAUUGUAUUGGUUACCUUUAUUGAUUUCUUUAAAUUGCUCCUUGUGCAGAUACAUGGGACAUCACGCUUAGGUUGUAGAGCGUCUCAAAAUGAGAAACAGUUCCACUUUAGGUUUUGGCUCCUAAAUUGCAUUUGUGGCUUUCUUCUAUCGAUGAAGUGGUCUAGAGGUUUGGGUGUCUUACUUUGCUGCGUGAGAAUUGAUGGGUCAUUGCACAUUCUUAUGUGGUUGUGUAUGGUUUCAAGGGUUUUACUCGUUUUCUAAUUUUGUAUACCUACUUUACCUGUUUUUUUUUAUCUGGAUGAAUCUGGUUAUUGAAUGUUGUUCUUUUCAAGUGUUUACAAUUUAUCCUCUUGCUGUGGGAUAAGUCUAGCUGUGGAAACCAAGGGCCAGGGAAAAAGGUUGAUGCUUUAGCUGCCUUGACUUCUGCAUU